GGAUAAAUAAAUUUCAAUCAUCCUUAAGUUCACCUCUUCAAGAAAUAGAGAAUACUGGAACCGCACUUCAAUUUCCGAAGAAACAGUCUAGUUAUCGAAACGGCUUGGUGAAUGUUUGUUGUAACGGCAUAUCGGUUUCAGAAACGCAAGUUCUGAAACUCUGUUAAUUAGUAAUAGAAAUUUUUUUGAGCUUCGAGUUGGUUAGUGAAGUAGCUGCAGUUCUACCACUUAGAUCAGUCGCGGACACUUCUUUUAAAGUGGGGGGGGGACUACUCGAACCACGAUAGACCGGUUUCAGAAUGGCAAUUUUCUACUUUGUCAAAGAUGUAAAGCUCUAUAAUUAGUAAUAUGAAUUAUAUUCAUUCUGAAGCUGCUUAGUGAAGUAGUUAGACCAUGGGAGACUCAAAAUUUCGCUUUUCUUAUGCUAAAAAGUGAAGACAAAAACUACCCAAACCAGAAUGGAACAGAAAAGCAAGAUUCUAGUAAGGAAAGAGGUUGGAAUUUGACGUUUAGAACCUAUUUGAUGGCGUGGGAAAAAAAGCUAUUUUAUGUCUCGUUAAAUAAUUAAAGAGGGAAAACAAUCGUAGGAAUUGACAAACAUGGUUUCCGCGACUACCAUUGGCAGCUGGUCUCAUAAGGUGAAUAUUCUAGUUCAGGAGACCUACCGAAAACAAGUUGGAAAAUUGUUCUCUCGAUUUUUCGCACGAAAGAAUAUCAACGUCGUUGAAAAAGUGUACAAAAAUUAGGGGAGUUUCUAAACAAGAAAAGGAGAGUUUCUUUCAUCGCCAGCAAUGGCAUGUGUGAUCAUAUUGAAGUUGGUAAUCAUUCUUGGAGCAUGGAAUGUGAACUACGUAUUUGCAAAUGUAGAUGUGCUGGCGCGGUUGAUGACAGAUAAUAUAACUUCGGGAGACACUGCAAAAUACGGUGGAAUAAAAUGGAAGAAAGAAUUCGAAACCAACCUGAAACAAGGCGUUUAUUCUGUAGAAAAAAGAAGCCUUGCCUAUACUUCUACUAGUACUGGCAAAACUUGUAUAAGGAAUAUAAAUUCUGAUUGCAAUGAUGUCAUUGGUGUUCAGUUCUGGAUGAGAUACAAAGGUUUUAUAUCUGAUAUCCUCGCUGACAACACAGAGUAUCAUACCAAAUUAUUCAAGCACCUCAGCACAGAAACUCCCAACAAUGUUAGAUGGUUAAGUUGUUUUAACAGUAGGCAUCAUGGCUGGAAUAUGGUAGAUUUCCAUACCAAAUGUGACAAUAAAGGCCCGACCGUGUCGCUUUUUAAAAUACGCGAUGAUGCUAUAUUUGGAGGCUUUACGACAGCAGACUGGGGUGGUGCUUCUCAGUAUGCAGAUAAAGGCUUCCUAUUUUCGCUGAAAAACGUCGAUAAUAAAACACUACCUAUCCUAACUUUGAAUUUCAAAGAUAAUGCCAUAAAGAGUUUACCUGCCUCCGGUCCUAUAUUUGGUAAUGGUGAUCUGGUGAUUGGAAGCAACCCUCAGCAAGAUGGUAAUUCGAACUGUGAUGCCCUUGGGACAGACUACCAUCUACCAAACGGCUAUACAAAGGGUACAGAUGAUGCGAAAACCCUUCUUGCUGGUAGCGACAAAUUUGCUCUGUCAGCUAUGGAAGUCUUUUACAUGGAAUGUUCCAGUGGUCUUGGCAUGGAUAGUGGAAGAAUUGAGAACUCAAGUUUGACGAGUGCCUCUUCGAGUACUCUUGAAAAAGAUAAUGUACGGCUAAAAUCGAAUACUGUUUCGCCUAUAAAUGACUAUCUAAAAGUCCAGCUGACUGCCAAUUCCUUUAUUACUGGUUUUGCUGUCCGUGCUCAAUCUUGUGCUGAAUUUAAUAUUACAUAUGAAGAUGCCAACGGCGAUGAGCAAGACUACCAAGAGAAUGGUUCUCCUAAGGAAUUUGUUUUGAAAGAAAACGUGACUGUACGAUACGCUUUACUCUCGUCAAUUUCUACAUCAGCAAUUAAGUUUGUUCUCAGUCAGACAGGCUGUAAGCUCGCCGUUGAGAUUUACGGCUGUGAUCGAGAAACAUUUGAUGCUGCUCUUGGCAUGGAAAGCGGUGCUAUCCUUGAUAAUCAAAUUACAGCCUCAAGCAUAAAAGAGCCGGAUAAGCCUCAUAAAUAUAGUGCCUGGUUUAGUCGUGCAAAUCAAAGCCUCGGAGAGAAAGGAUGCUGGAAAAGCAGCGCUGACGCGUAUUUACAGAUUGAUCUACUAGUAGUAACAACGGUAACAGCCAUUGGAAUUCAAAGAUGCGCUAAAGAUGAGGAUCACCCAAAGAAAGUUAAGAUAGAAUACGCUUUAGAAGACCAGGCUUUUCUGCCAUACAACGGGAACAGACAAUUUCAGCAUAUGUUUGAUACAUCUGAACUUUCUGGCACCAGUAAUGUUAAGAAGUUGGAGCUAAUACCCCCAAUUGCUGCACGACUUAUUCGUAUUUAUCCUCACGAUGAAGUAGCAAUGAGAGCUGAACUCUAUGGUUUUGUCUCAAACAAAAAUUAUCAGCUUCCUACAACUUUAGUGUCCACUGGUAAUUUUUCCUUCGGCCAAGCUGGAUUUGGAGUGUCAGUUUACAAUUCAACCCUCGAAGGCAAAGCCGUUACUAAGACCAAAACCUCUAUUAAAAAAAGUUCAAAUCCAGUUUCCUUUGCAAAGUGGACCCGAGUUACUUAUUGGACUGUUAUAGAUACCAACGAUGGGAUUUUGUUUGAGAAUGAUCAAGAAGCCAGAGUACCUUCAGUGAAAACAAACAGUGAUUUUCCUACAAGCAAAUUCCAAGUUGUGACUAUUGACCAUUCUACGUUCAAUUCAAGCAACCCUGAAAAUAUUCAACUGUCUGACGUCACAGUCUGGAGGGCAACCACCAGCGAUAAAAAUGCUUUGAAAGCUGAUCUAGACAAGAUUGCCGAUGGUCCUGUUGUUUUCAAAAUGGAUACUCCUCAUGUAGGGUCUGCUUCGGUUCCUUAUUUAAACAAAGGCUGGAAUCUUCUAAAAAGUUGUACAGGAAGUCAGCCAAACGGGACAGGCCCGUGUAUAGGCUCACAAGGCGGAGCUUUUCUCUAUUUGGAAGCUAGCGAUGCCUUUGAAGGCAGCAAUGCCAUUGUUGAGAGUUACCACCGUGUUAGCGCUUAUAAGUGCUUUAGCUUUGCGUAUCACAUGUGGGGACAGAAUGUUGGCAGGUUGAAUGUCUACGCAAGAGAUUUUUAUGGAGAAACGAAACUUGUCUGGAGACUUGGUGGUGACCAGGGAAAUCGAUGGCAUCAAGCUAAUAUUUCACUGUCACAACCAAGGGCUUUUAAGAUAAUUAUAGAAGGUGUUGUUGGAGAUGGUUUCCAAGGUGAUAUCGCUGUGGAUUCAUUUCACUUUAGAGUUGAAAGAUGUGAAUCCACCCCUCCGGUAUCAAGCCCCACCUAUAGCACUGGAUUCGCUGAAUCUAAAGUCAUUGGUGUGUUAAAGCAAGGCGGAUAUCUGAUGAACAUGCUGAAGUAUGCAGGUGCACCAAACACCUUUUGGAAACCGUGCUUCAUAAAAUCCAGACAAGAUACCUUGGAAGGGUUUUGGCAAAACUGCAAAGAAAGGGGACCAACCGUUGUAGUUGGCAAGAAGGAUCAAUACAUUUUUGGCGCGUACAGUGAUAGAGAUUGGGCAGGUUCUCCAGACAAAGAUCCCAGCACAGGAUAUGAGAUUGCUAGCUCCAAGGCUUUUAUAUUUUCGUUGACAAACCCAUCGUCCACUCCGAAGGUCUUUCCCAUCAAACCUUCUUCUCGCUCUCGAGCUAUACUAAUCAAUAGUGCCAAUGGACCGCAUUUUGGUCAAGGAUUAGAAGUAACGAGCAGCUUCACGGUGAAAACAAAUCUUGGGCAAGACUAUGGACAAAACGUCAGUGAUGCAAGUUAUCUCACCGGAACUUCGUCAUUUACCCCAGACGAGUUAGAAGUCUUCUACCCAGGAGAUUUUCCAUGCGAUAAAUGGUGCGCGUUGCCGGACUGGAAGUGUAAGGAAACAAAUGCAAAGUGCGAAUGCGAUUAUUCCGACCGUCUAAUACACUCGUGUUUGAAAGGUCAACCCCAAGCAUUCUUGGGCAUCUUCGAUUCUUAUGAUCGCAGCCCCGACACAUAUUGGAAUUUUGAUGAACACCCUAAAAUCCUUGAUGUGAAAACACAAAGAAGUGUUCCAGUCAGUUCUGGCUCUGUUGCAGUUCCUAACGGCAUUAGUAGAAAAGCUAUCAAACUGGAUGGAACUGCAAGCGUGACACUCGGUGACUACGCAAAUACCUGCAUUUUCGACAACUCGUCUGCUGGUCUAUCUGUUAGUCUGUGGAUAAAGUAUGCAACGAAGGCGGGAGCAGACAGACAGACUUUGUUUACAAUCGGUCACUCAGAUAAGGGCGAUUCCCGUUUACAGAUCUCACACCCCAACAGCACCUCAGAGGAAUUGUCUAUUAUGGUAAACGCUAAUAACAAAAGGCUUAGCUAUCGCUUUCGUUGUCCUUCAAACGUCUGGUCUCACUUGGUGAUCUCUUGGACGUCUCCGGCAGAUUCGCUCGUUGUAUUUCGAAAUGGCAAACCAGUUGACAUAGAAUACGACAUAUGUUUUGGGUGUGCCGUAACAGGAGCUGCUGAUACGAGUAUUUAUCUUGGUGAGCAAAGUGUUGCUCCAGUAGCCUGGUUUGAUGAAAUAGGUAUAUGGUGCAAGGGUUUAACAUCUCAAGAGGCCGAUGAAAUCUUCCGUUUUUUCCAAGGACCACCAGGGUUUCGUGUGUUUAUGUAUAUGGAAUUCAAGGAUAAGCUUUGGAGUGAUUAUAGUAAUUUUGAGUCAAAUCGUUUUAAUACGUUCAAAGACGGCGUCAUAUCAUGGGCAAAGACUGAUUUCCCUGGAAUAACUGCAAAUGAUAUCUCGUUUCAUUGCGGUGGACCAUCCUUUCUAACCUGCAAUAUUACCAUUGGCGUCGACUUCAAUGACGGUGACACAACGAUUUCAUUGUACAACGGUGGCUUAAAGAACAAUAUAAUUGGCCACUCCCAAACUGGCGUGUCGAACAAGGUCAUGACAAUAAGUGGCUAUAACACCAGCGCUUACAGCAUCAACGUUUCAUUGGAAGUGCCUGGUGGUGAAGAUGAACAGUGGUCUGGUAUCUACCAAGGAUACACUCUCUUGUAUUAUCCCAUGAAUGACCCUUCAUUAAUAAAGAACAUCACGCAAGAAAGAUACGUUACUCAAUGGAGUUUCGAAAAUCUUACCAGCUACAUGCCGUACAAUGUUACGUUGCAGUUGCAUUAUCUCGGAGGGACGUAUAGAACGUUGAAAACUAUAAUUUGGACUGGAGAAAGAGUUCCAGAAACGGCGCCACUUAACUUUGAAGCGAUGCCCCUGAAUUCCACAUGUAUCAAGUUACAGUGGCAAGAUCCGCAGGCACCAGUCCCUGGACGCAUUCGAGGCUUUCAAAUAAAGUACAAUCGAACAAACGAAAAUGACUUCCAAAAUGAGACAUUGGUUGUGUAUUAUUUUAAUAAGACCAUAUAUUUGCACGAGCUCUGUGGCUUGCCAUCAGAAACUGAAUACCAAGUUCAAAUUGCGGCUUUUACCAUUGGAUUAGGGCCUUUCACUGAAUUGAAGACAACUAGCACUACAGGAAAAUCCCCGACGUCUCCACCUAUUAAUGUUACGUCACUGAAUGGAACUAAACCGCAUGAUCCGAUAAGUACUUGCCUCAUAACCUGGCUCCCUCCCCCUCCCGAAACGACAAACGGCAACCUGACGUCAUACCGUGUAGUCUACUCUAAACGCAAUGAGAACAAGACUAUUUAUAGUGAAAUCGGAGUUUGCAAUACAAGUAAACUUCUUAAAGAACUCGAUUUGUACAGUAUAUACGACGUGGUUGUAGCAGCUGCUAACCAAAAAGGUCUUAGUCCUUACAGUACGCCUGUUUACUGCUAUACUGAGGGAACAGUGCCCGGCGCACCUCCUUCAAACGUUCGAGUAAGAGGAAACAGCCAAACCAGCUGUCUUGUUCAAUGGGGCCAGGUUCCUGUUGCCCUCCAAAAUGGACUUAUCUUAGGCUAUAAUAUCACCUACCUCAAACAAGACGACCCUAGCGCCGAACUGAAGUUUGUGUUAGUCACUGGAGCCUUGAGUAAUACAACGGAACUGUUAAGCCUGGAAAUAUUCACCAAGUAUAACAUUACCAUAGCUGCUUAUACAAUAAAAGGUCUUGGUAAUGAAACUGGUCUUCAUGCAACGGAAUGCAUGACUUGGGAGAGUGCUCCCGAUGGCGUCCCACAAAAUCUAGCCAUAAUGGAAAAGAGCAACGUAAGCUGCAAGUUUUCGUGGUCAGGUAUUCCUGCAAACCUGGCUAAUGGUAUCAUCUUGGGAUACGAGGCCGUUAUCGAAAAUGUGAAUUCGACAGACAUUGCAAAUAAUUUUACUGGAUUCCAAGUCACUUGCGCGUCGGAUUUGAACGCCACUUUUAAGGAUCUCAAACCUUUCCACAUGUAUAACAUUACCGUAUCGGGAUUCAACUCGAGGGCUGUUAGCAACAAAAGUGAGCCGUUGCAAUGUUUGACCGAAGAGGACCAGCCACUUAUCCCCCCUCCUAACCUUCGAUGCAAGAUGAAGACUUCAUCAGUCAUCGAGGUAUGCUGGGAUGAGAUACCUCUUAUCCUCAGGCAAGGCAUCGUGCGAGAGUACAAGAUCUUCUAUCAGGUCCUCAAUCAAUCCUGGUGGUACAGCAAAAGUUUGACUGAGGAUACCGUAAGCACCCCGCCGGUGUUUUGCUGGAACCUGACUGAUCUGGAAGAGUAUAGUUCAUAUUCUAUGAAAGCAAAGGCAGUGACAAUCAAGGAGGGUAACUUUAGCUACGAACCAGUUGAGUGCAAGACAGGUGAAGGAGUUCCAAGAGAAGCGCCACUAAAUGUUCGUGGACGCAACACAAGCGCAUACAGUUUGAAGGUCGAAUGGGACGAUCUCCCCCGAGAACCUCCUGGUAUUCUUCGAGGUUACUUGGUGAGCUACCGAGUAUGGAAUGCCAGUGAAGACACAACGCAAAACGCAAGCGUUUCUUUGAAGACCAAAACGCUCGAAAUUGGUGGUUUGCAACUGUUUACCCUUUACUGUUUACAGGUCGCUGCUGUAACAGUUGGUCCAGGAAUUAAAACUAAUUGCACCUACGUCUUUACGGAUUCCAAAUGGUUGCCGCCACCAGAUGGAAUCCCGGGUAACGUCACACAACUGUACGACAGCACUGAAAGAAACUGUUCUCUGCAAUGGCGUGAGUGUAACAACAGUAAUCCAGAUCCGGACGGCCGCGUGCUUGGCUACAAUGUGUACUAUAGAAUAUCAGGAACGAAUGAUACUGAAACAGUCAUAAAAGUUACGGGAAACAAUUCGACCCAGCAAAUUCUGCAGUCAUUAGAGGAAUUCACGAACUAUGAGAUUCGUGUAGCAGCAUUUAAUCUAUAUGGUGCUGGCAACAAAAGCGAGAUCAUGUAUUGCCAAACCAAAGAGGCUGCGCCAUCGCAGCCUCCACCAAACAUCACGGCACAGAAUGCAAGCUCAACAUCCGUUCAAAUAAACUGGUUUGACAUCCCUAGGUUCGAGCAAAAUGGAGUAAUUCGAUGGUAUUACAUCAAGAUAUUCGAAAGGGCCUUGGUUAACACAUCCUCGAAUUAUACCACAAUCCUGAAAUACAGGCCCAGUAAUCUGGCUCGCCGACGCCGCAGGGAAAUCGCGAUAGACGAACACUCCCAAACGAUAACGGGCCUGAAGAAGUUUACUGAAUAUGGUGUUCAGUUAUAUGGAUAUACUAUAAAGGAAGGUCCGCUCAGCCCUGUGGUGUAUGUCAAAACCGCUGAAGAUGCUCCAUCAAAGACAGUGGCUAACCUGACAAUCCGAAACUCCAGCUCCACCAGUAUACUACUAGAAUGGAACAACGUUCCUCCUGACUACAGACAUGGAAUAAUACGUUCGUUUGUUAUCUACUACUGGCUGGCUGAUUGGCCACUGGUGGUGGAACGCAACAUCACCUUGAACGAAGACCAGAUUCGAGUUCCAAAAGCUUCUGCACGAAGGUUGAGACGAUCACUGUCUAGUGCUCCCGAGUACAGGUUCAAUUUGACGGGACUUCAAAUAUGGACAAAUUACUCGCUUCAAGUGGCGGCAAAUACGAUUAAAGUCGGUCCACGAACGAACGAAACGAUUCUGUCGACGGAUGAAGACAUUCCUUGUCUCCCCCCUCAUUAUAUUACUUUUGAUAUACCAAAACCGUCAUCACUUCGUAUUCAAUGGAAAGAUGUACAGCGGCACUGCCGUAACGGAAUCAUACUGGGCUACCGACUGAUCUACAAAGAGUUGCCAAACAAGCCUUCCGUGAUUGUUAACUUUACGGCUUCGGAACGGUACUACGAUAUAGAGAACAUGAACAGUGAUGCUAACUAUACUGUUGAACUUAUGGCUUUUACGAGGAUAGGGGACGGGAAUGCCUCCUUUGAUCUUGCGCAGCCCGACAAAAUGGGUCCCCGAAGCAAGCCAAUCAACGUGACAACGUUCAAUUUUACAACUCCAACCACACUAACUGUAGAAUGGAAGCCAAUCGAGGACGAUACGGUUAUUGACAAAUUACUUGGUUACCGAGUUUCAUGGAAGGUGUUGUCCGAGGGGGAGGAAAUUAUAGAAGAUGCACCGUGGUAUAACUACACUGUCAGGAAGGACACCGUAGAGACAGUUAUCGGAGGUCUCUUGAACUACGCUCAUUACCAGGUUGAAAUAUCCGGCUUCACACGUGGUGGUAAUGGACCUUCUGGGGUAGUGUGGGGAGAUACGUGCCGUUGCUUCAAGAGAGUCACCACCAACUACCGCAUUUUUUCGCCAUACAACAGCGUAUCCAUCUCCGCGGAUCUGAAGACGAUCAACAUGUCAGGCAUGAUCCCAGAAAUCCUCAACAACCUAACAGUAGAUUGCUGUCAAACAUGUCAAGCACACGGUGCAUCGUUCGUUGACUUUGUCCAAAACGGAAGAAACAUGUCAGCAUUUCAACACAACGAGCUAGACGUCCAAGCAUUGAUCGAUGACACUAAUGACCUCAGUUUUCCUGUUUACGGGUGGAAAUGGCAAGAUCGUUACCAGGGCAUCUAUCGCUACAUUCCACUGGUUGAGUCACCUGGGUUUGCGUUUCUUCUCAAGGAGCCGGAGACAGAAAGUCCUUUAAAAGCUGUAGUCAGCUCGAUCAUAGACACUUGGCCAUACAUUCUGAUUACUCUCAUGAUGGCACUCUUGGCUGGAAUAGUUAUCUGGUUCCUGGACACAGCUUAUAACGAGGAGCAGUUUCCUCAUAGCUAUCUUAGAGGAGUUGGCAACGGUUGGUGGUGGGCUUUCAUCUCUAUGACAACACUUGGAUACGGUGAUAAAGUUCCAGCAGCGACUCACUCCAAAGUAUUUGCUGUUAUAUGGGUUCUUACUGGUCUCGUUGUAUACGGCAUCCUUAGCGGCUCCAUCACUACUGCCUUUACUACUAUCGUCUAUCAGUCCAGUACGCAGCUUUAUGGCUCAAAGGUGGCAACGAUAGCCGACACCCCAGAGUACAGAUUUGCUGUACGUAGAAACGCGAAAGUCAACACAGAGGCCAACUAUACCUCAUUCGAAGAAGUCCUCCAAGCAUUAGUGGACAGGAAAGUAACUGGGAUGCUAAUGGAUGCUUAUGAAGCAGGAACAAAGAGAGAACAGUUCUUGAAAUCCGGUGGUCUUAUUCGCAUCCACAAAGUUUAUGACUUCGCUUCGACAUUUGGAGUCGUUUUGGCUGGCCGUUCAACCAGAUUAUAUCAAUGUUCGCGUAACUGGAUGAGUGGACAUAGAGCAGAAAUGUCCGCUCAUAUUGCUAAGUUUAUUAAAGUGGUACAGGAAGAAGAGGUCAACGAAAUGGUAGAAAUAACGACUGGUCUGUUCGAUCCAGAGUCCUCGGUCUUCAAAGGAUUUCUUCAGUACAGUCUCAUUGCUCUUGCAAUCCUCGCUAUCCCUGGGGUGAUUUGGGAAAUAUUUUAUCAAAUUAGAAAGAGAAAGAAAAACAAAUUAGCAGCAGAUUCAGCAGCGAAAAGCUACAAGGAAAUUAUGGUGCGUGAAAUGAGCGAAUUUACCUUAAAUUUCUUGAAAAAUCUGGAAAUCAAACUGAUUAACCUCCGAGAGAAACACAAGGCUGAGCUGAGGGCUUUUCUUCGUCGAAAAAACUUAAAGGAUAAUGACUCUUUCCAACAAGGCAAAGGACAUUUGCCGAUCGAACAACUGAAAGAUAAGAAAUUCUUUCCUUCACGCUAACGUAAAUCACAUUUUCUUCAAAAUACUUGUGCCGAGACUUAGCAAUACGUACUUACGCACUAACAGGGCGUUCGCAUGACUUUGCUAGCGUUACCCUCGUUUUGGGUCUACCCUAAAGUAAGAAAACUAAAAACUUGUUGCUAUCACCAGGGUCAUCCUACCUUCACAUGAACGGUCUGUCAUAAGGUAGGAACCCUGAACAGAAAAUAGAAAACAAAAGUUUUUUUACUAGCACUAGAGUGAUGUUGUUAGGGCUAACUCUUGUUUCGUUUUUGCUGUUGUUGUUGUUGUUGUUCUUUUUUUUUUUUUUUUUUUUUUUUUUUUUUUUUUUUUUUUUUUUUUUUUUUUUUUUGCUAGGCCUUUCGAAUUUGACGAUAGGGUGACCUUACUGCUAGAGCUAACUCUAUUAAAGAGUGAAGGCUUUUGAAUACUAGUCAACGUGAAAUAGCCAAAUAGUCACACACACACACACACACAAAAAAACCAAUGAAUAUCAGUUUAUUAAUGUAUAUAAAACUACAUCAAAGAAGACCGCCUCGUUAUCCCUUUUUUCAAUUAGGUUCGGCUCAUGUGAAGUGCGACGUUUGACAUGAGCUUUAGUCUAACAUCUAUUUCACGGGUUUAGUGACUUCACUCUAUUAGGUGUAUUCUAGGUAUAGUAAUCAACUGAUUUGCCCAUUGCACUAUGGUUACUGUACUACAUUUAAGAGCCUAUACCUCACGUAGACCACACCCUUGUCCUGCAUGGCUGUAGAAAAAUCCAUAGUUUUAAAGCAGCGGCACCAUAUCUCAAAGUGCAAUCCAUAUAUCCGUGAAUUAGCACAAAAACUAAGUAGCACUUAACAUAUUAGUUUCUCUUGUUUUUAUUGUUUUCAUUGGUGCUAUUUUACGAAUAAACUGUUUGCAUUUUGCUGUUUAAAAACUUUCAGCAUUUUGGAUCAAAAUUAUAAAUAUGAAUAAUAGCUUGACAUUAGGGUAGACUAUUUAUAUCUUGCUGAAUGCUUUUAUUAUUUAUUAGUUAUUGUGUAUUUUUUUUUUUACGUGAUAUGUUAGUACCGAAAGGGGCUAAUGAUCCUGCCAGCAAUCUUUGAAAAAUUUCAACAAAAUAAUUUUCGCUUUUAAAGCGGUUUAGCCAUAGCUUUUUUCUGAGAAAAGUAUCGGUUUAAUAGUACAAGUAUAUUUCGUUCAUCACGCCUUAUAUGGUGUUGUUUGUACCCAAGCUAUACCAUAAUGCAUUGUGUUUAUCGAAUUCACAAAAUGCCAAUGAUUGUUGGAACAAUAGUUUUUGACCUGAAGCCCGUUUUGAAGUUUUGAAAAUUCGAUAAAGCUUUCGUUAAAUAUAACAAAUAUUAUUCGUUUGAGUAUAACAUGUAACAUUGCAUUUGGUCGAUCCUACAAUUAGUACUCUUGCUUCACGCAAGUAUGCAAUUCUUCAAUCACGUGUUGUAUGUGAAACAACAUACAGCUAUUUCAUAAAGAUUUGAGGAGACAAACGGCAAAUGGUAAUCAGUGAUUGGCAGUUGAAUAAAAAGGAAAUGUUGGCAUAUGCUAAACACAAAUAAUCGGAGUGUCUCAAAUGAUAACAUUAAUCUCUUUGUUCUUGACGAGAAUGAUAAUAACAAAACACCAGUCAUUCUAGCUAUUCUUGGACAUGAGAUGACCUAUAUCCUAUCGCUUUUAACCUAUCGCUGUUUUUCUUUUCUUCAACCUUUAUCGAAAUAGUUGUAAACCGCCAUAUUGGACCUAUGUUAUUUACCAAAAUUCCUUUGUAAUCCAAAUUGACCACUAUGGUUAAUUCUUUUUGUGGCUACUCCCCGUAGAGGCGAAGCCACUAUUGUCAUUGGGAUGUAAGUCCUUGAUUAACACCACAGGACGGCCAUCAUGAACCGCUCACAAUUCCUAUUGGCCUCAGAUCAACCAUUUCACAUUUAAUAUCUAGGUUAAAUUCCAAUUAUUAUUAUUUUUCUUCUACCACAAUGCGCUUUUUGAGCGCGAAUUUUUUUAAAAAUCUUCCUGCGCUUUUAUACACCGAUUUGUACAAACAUACAUCAUCCAGAAUUUCCUCAUUUGAAUAUUCAAGACACAAAUAAUGAGCUCACUAGUAGCACAGUUAACAAAUAAAGAAUAUUCACUGUU